CAAUCUUGAAGGAUAAUACCCCAGAAAUUUAAUGUAACUUUCCACUCAAUUUCCAAGCAAAGCCCUCGAUUCCCACUCACACAAUUUCUCACCUCCUUUCUCUCGUGACUUGGCCCCAUUGACGCAGCCCUUUCCCACUUACCGACUCUGUCUCUCUGUCUCUCUCUACGUUUCACUACUAUAUAAAUACCCUUCCCUCGCUCACCACUUCCCUCCCAAACUCAAAGCAAGAAGCAAAUCUCACUCACUCACCCAAGAAGUGAAAAGGCCCAUUUCCACCUUGAUCUUGUUUUCCAUCUCAAAUCUCUUUGCCUUCUUAUUCUUUGUAACAUGGCCACUUGUGUUGGAAAUGCCUGUGCCAACGAGACCCUCGUUGUCCCUUUUGUGCCAACCCCAGUCCAUUGGAACAAGGCUGCUCAAUCCCUCCAAUGCACCCACUUUGAGGAGGUCGUGAACAUGGUGUCCCAAUUUGAGGACGCCGAGUUAGUUGACAUCCAGGGCACGACCCUCUCCGUGGCCCAGGUCACCGCCGUGGCCCGGCGGAACGAGGUCGAGGUGCAGCUCAACGAGGUUGCGGCCCGGGACCGCGUCUCGAGGAGCGCCGAUUGGGUCGCCGAGAACAUCGCUUGCGGCCGGGACAUCUACGGUGUCACCACAGGCUUCGGCGCCACGAGCCACCGGAGGACCAGCAAGACCUCGGACCUGCAGACCGAGCUCAUCCGGUUCCUCAAUGCCGGGGUGAUCGGGAGAGAGAAUCUCCCGCCCAGUUACGCCAAGGCGGCCAUGCUGGUGCGGGCAAACACGCUCAUGCAGGGCUAUUCAGGCAUCCGGUGGGAGAUACUUGACGCGAUGGCCAAGCUCAUGAACCAGAACUUGAUCCCCAAGUUGCCCUUGAGAGGCACCAUCACCGCCUCAGGCGAUCUUGUGCCGUUGUCUUACAUUGCCGGAUUAUUGACCGGCAGGCAUAAUUCAAAGGUUGUCACUCCAGAAGGAGAAGAGAUUUCGGCGGUCGAAGCAUUGAGGAGAGCCGGAAUUUCAGGCCCAUUCGAGCUGCAAGCAAAAGAAGGCUUGGCUCUUGUGAACGGGACCGCCGUCGGGUCAGCAGUGGCUGCCACGGUCUGCUUCGAUGCCAACAUUUUGGCCCUCUUGGCAGAGACUCUCUCCGCCAUGUUCUGUGAAGCAAUGCACGGAAAGCCCGAAUUUACAGACCCUCUCACUCACCUGCUCAAGCACCAUCCAGGCCAGAUCGAAUCAGCCGCCCUCAUGGAAUACCUCCUAAACGGAAGUGACUACAUGAAAGAGGCGACGCUCCGCCACGAGAAAGACCCGCUCACGAAGCCAAAGCAGGACCGCUACGCACUUCGAACUUCUCCUCAGUGGCUUGGGCCGCAAGUCGAAGUUAUUCGCGCCGCAACUCACUCUAUUGAGAGGGAAAUCAAUUCCGUCAACGACAAUCCGCUGAUCGAUGUUGCCCGCAAUCUCGCCCUCCAUGGAGGGAACUUCCAGGGCACUCCAAUUGGUGUCUCUAUGGACAAUCUCCGGAUCGCCGUGGCUGCAAUAGGAAAGCUCUUGUUUGCGCAAUUCUCUGAGCUUGUCUGCGACUACUUCAACAACGGGUUGCCUUCAAAUUUGAGCGCGGGGCCUAAUCCCAGCCUCGACUAUGGCCUCAAAGGUGCGGAAAUCGCCAUGGCGGCUUACUGCUCCGAGCUCCAAUACUUGGCGAAUCCUGUCACAACGCACGUGCAAAGCGCGGAACAACACAACCAGGAUGUGAACUCUCUCGGCCUAAUUUCAGCACGAAAAAGUGCAGAAGCCAUCGAUAUCCUGAAGCUCAUGUCUGCGACUUACAUGGUGGCAAUUUGUCAGGCAAUUGACCUGAGGCACCUGGAGGAGAACAUGAGAGAGGCCGUGAAACGCACGGUCCUCCAAGCAGUGAGGAAAACACUUUACAUAUCAGAAGACGGCUUGCUGCUCGAAUCGCGAUUCUGCGAGAAAGAGCUCUUGCAGGUCGUUGAACAUGAGUCCAUCUUCUCCUAUAUAGACGACCCUGGGAAUCCUUCGUACGUUCUAUUGCCCAAACUGCAAGAAGUACUUGUCAAGAGAGCUCUCAAAGACCCAAAGGCUGAAGAUGCAAGUGAGAACGGAUACUCGAUCUUCAAGCGGAUCCCGCUAUUUAUCGAGGAACUGAAAGCAAGGCUUGAGGAAGAGGUGCCGAGAGCGAGGGAGAGGUUCGACAACGGGGAAUUUGGCAUCGAGAAUAGGAUCGAGAACUGCAGGACUUAUCCUGUAUACAGGUUUGUGAGGAGUGACAUGAGGACUCAGCUUCUGAGCGGUUCAAAGAAAGUGAGCCCAGGAGAGGAAAUAGAGAAGGUGUACGAGGCCAUCAAUGAAGGAAAACUAGGAGAUGUUCUGAUGCAAUGCUUCCAGAAUUGCAGUGCAUGAACUUGCUGGUUCUUGAAGUAGAUCAAGUUGUAUGCAUCAGGAUUUACGAGCUCUUUUUUUUUUUUCCUUGUUUCUUUUUUCUUUCUUUUCUUAAAGUAUUAAUAUGUGUGGUCUGUAAUGAUGGAGGACAUAAUGAAAGUACAAAAUCUAUACACAUCUAUCAAUCAGUAAGUGGAAGAGGACAAGAAAGGCUGGUCUCCAAUGUGCUGAUCCAAUUCAAGCUUUUUGCAGUGAAUCAAUGGCAUGCCAUGCCACAACAAUUGCUAUA